AUGGGUCACUUGUUAUUUCGAGGAUGGGUUAUCGCCGCACUGGCGAUGCAAACUUUUGCUUUGACGCUUCGCGCUAGAUAUUUGACUACAACCACCACUGCUGAGCCAGUGUCUAUUCAGUCGACUGCUACAACAACCCUCGAAGCAUCUGUGACUGCUCAGUCAACUUCGACAACAACCCUGAUUUCGGUGCCAGGCUCUCCAUCCGAAACAGAGCCCUCUGGAGCGGCACCUACAGAAUCUGCUGGGCAGUCGACUACAUCCACGAUUGUCUCCACUCGCACUGCUACUAUCACAGCUUGUCCAUCAGCGACCCCUAAUUGUCCACCAUCCUCCAAGACCACUUUCCUCACAACUGAGACUAUUAUUGUCUCGACAACGUGUCCACAACAGUUUGUUCAGUCGCCGAAGCCACUCAGACCACAUCUUCUUCCACUCCGGGAGGCGAAGUUCCCACAAGCUCCGGAACUUGGAUUUACCACUUCUACUGUUUGCAGUACCCGUACUGCUACUAUCACUGCUUGCCUAUCCUCCGUCACUGACUGCCCGGCGCGAUUGAAGACAACAUUCCUCACCACAGAGACAAUUACAGUGUCCACGACAAUUUGCCCAAUCACUGAGGCUGCGGGUGCUACCCAAACCUCGUCUGCUUCGGAAUCCACGAUCACAGGUGCUGCUAACCAGGGCACUGGAAAUGGAGGCUCCGAGUCAACUAUUUCCACUAUCUGGAGUACCCGAGUUGCAACUGUCUAUGCUUGCCCAGCAUCCGUGACUAAGUGUCCUCUCCGCUCCAAGACAAGCUAUUUGACUACAGAGACCCCGGCUAUAGGAACUACCGCCUAUGCAGUAUCCGCACAGCCUACUACUCCCGCUGAAGGUGUCACUGCCACCACUUCGAUUGUCAUCGCGGAUUCCCAAGCUACGAACUCCAACUCAGUCACAGCCUUGCCUAAAGUCACCGUUGGGGCUUCAUUCGGAUCUUCCGGUGAAGCCGGUGCCCAGGAUUCAGGCUCCAGCGUUGCUGUGGUAUACACUGCUCUCUACACCGUCGAGUCGUGCGGUAAUGGUAGUUCCUGUACGGAGUAUGUCAACACCGUUGUGAUGACACAGACCAACGUCGCUCAAACCACCAUUACCUAUUCUAUCUACAGGCCGGCCUAUGGUUCCGGUUUUGGUGGCGUUCCUACUGCUUCUGCCUCGGCUCACGUUGGACCCCAGGGUAGUCAGUCUGGUGCAUCGACAGCUGGUGCUUCUAGCACAAGUAGCGCACCGUAUGCUGUCUACACUGGUGCUGCGUCUUCGAACCUCCAGUGGUCUAUGCUGCUGGUGAUCGGUGCAGGGAUGGUAAUGCUACUAGCGAUUUUGGCUUAG